AUGCCGUCUGUCAAGGUCGUUUUUGGCGCGCAUGCGAUUGGGGACCCCGCCGACCCACUGACAGGCUUUGCCACUCCAGAAGCCGCUCAGUCUGCGUUGAAUAUAUGUCGCAAGCAUGGCUGCACCAUUAUCGACUCGGCAAGAGGACAUCCGCCUCAUGUCCCUCACACAUCCGAACCCCUCCUGGGCCAGACCGAUGUCGCCACUUGGGCUACCAUUGACAGCAAGGUCGACUCGGUCUACCCUGGCGAUCACAGCGCCGAUAGGAUCGCCGCCUCAAUCGACGCUAUUCUGAAAGACCUAAACGUGCCCUCCGUCAACGUCCUAUACCUGCACAUCCCCGACCGCAGCGUGCCACUCAAGGAAACCCUGCAGGCCCUCGACACCGCCCACAAAGCCGGCAAGUUCAAGGAACUUGGCAUCUCUAACUACGAACCUGACGAAGUCCUCGACAUCCUCCACCUCUGCCGCACCAACAACUACCUCCCGCCCACAGUCUACCAAGGCCAAUACAACGCCAUCGUCCGCUCCAUCACCCCCACCCUUCUCCCCAUCCUCCGCGCCCACAACAUCCGCCUCUACGCCUGGUCCCCCGGCUGCGCCGGCUUCUUCCACCGCGGCGCCCGCCACCGCCACACCUCCAACUCCCGCAUCGGCCAGGCCCUGAGCUCCAUCUACAGCAAACCCUCUUUCACUCACGCCCUCGAGAAUUUCCACGCCGCGGCCGACAGAGCUGGUGGCGUCGAGGGUCACGAGGUCGCACUGCGGUGGCUGCGCUUCCACAGCGAGCUGAGCGGCGAGGCUGGGGAUGGGAUCGUCUUUGGGGCGAGGACGGAGGCGCAAGUGGAGGGGAGUUUGACGGCGUUGGAGAAGGGCCCGUUGAGCGAAGAGUUGGUGGCUGCGGUGGAGAGGUGUUUUGAGGAGGUGAAGGGGGAUGUGCCGUAUUUCAAUCCGUUUAGGGAUGAUGAGAAGGCCUGGGCGCGGUCCUGA